AAGUCAAAUUAUUAAUCGCAAAUCUAGUGUACAACGCAGUGGAAAUUAAUUUUGCUCAUGUACAUAAAAUUAAUGAAGAUAUCAUUCGAAUCAUGUCGAUUACGGCGCAGUUGCUGAUUAACCUUAUCGUAACGCGAUAGUGUUCACCUGCGCGCGUCGCCGAGAUGUAUUGUUUGCAAUGGCUGAUCCCAGUGCUGUUGAUUCCGAAGCCCGUAAACCCGGCGUUAGUGAAUACACACGUUAUGUUUAUGGUGUUAUACCUAAUAGGAUUUUUCCUAGAGCGGAAGCCGUGUACUGUGUGCAGUGUAGUCUUCCUAGCGGCAGUAAUCCUGAUUUGUUAUAGCGGAAUCGGUAACUGCUUAUUUUGGGCGACUCAGUGCGAAGGAGAAAAGUAUGAGACCUAGCCGUGCGUGGCAUGUAAAGUUACCAACCAGUGCUCAAAAUAUUACCAAGUGUUCCAGUACCGGCCGCGCAGAUUGGCGGGAAAAUAUGGACGUGCGCUGCAUAUUAUUAUGUAUAUUUUUGUAAAUAAUGUAAAUUCGAAAAUUUACAUUCACUGUUGUACAGCAAUGGCCUAUUGCUAAAACUCGUUUUGUCUUACCAUGACAUAGAUCUAGCUAGACCCUACAAGUUUAUAUGUGUAGCAUUAUGGAAUCCAAUCAACCUCACUACUAAACUGAUUCAUAUCUAUUGUAAUUCAAUGAAAUAAAAAAAAAUAUUUAGAAAAGAAAGCAGAAGAAACUUGCAUGCUUUUCAUACAGAUGAAUUAACUAGCAGUGUCUGGCUAGUACUUGUGUCCAUGGAACACGGUUAAUAUCAGCUAUUUGUUAAAGUUAUAAUAUUAAUAAGUAAAACUUCAUAUAUUCAUGGAAUUUUCAUCUCUCUACUCAUAAAUAUUUGGAGCAAGUUUUGAUGGUCGAGUUCACUAAUGCACGUUCAGAAUGGUUGUUAAAACUGCCUUUUUUUAUAUAAAAAAAAAACAAUAAGUAGUGCAUUAGAGUUGCAAUGCUAAUCUGAAAAUUAUUGAGCAU